AUUUUUUUCUCAAUUCUUUAUUCAAAUUAACUUUGACGAUAAUAAUAUUAUAGUUUAAUAUUAAAAUGUUAUCAAUUAUUUUUAUCUACUAUUAUUAAGUAAUUACAUAAUUAAAAUAUUAUCUAAAUGAGUUGGAUUAUCUAAUAAGACGAUCUUUAAUAUCUAAGAUUAUCUAUUAUGAAGAAAUUUUAUAUAGAAUUAAUGCAAUUAAUUGCAAUUCCUUGCCUGAUUGAAAUGAGAAUGCAGAAUGGCAAAGAUUCUACGUUCUUGUAGAAAUUUAAUAGAAAAUAAACACUCUAAUUAUGGUUUCCUAACUACGACAAGAAAAAUGUCAAACAUAAUUGUAAAACUAAAAGAUGGAUUGAUUAGAGGUAGUGAGAAAAAACUUCAUGAUGGCACUAACUAUUACAGCUUUAAGGGAAUCCGUUACGCACAAGCACCUCUGGGAAAGCUUAGAUUUAAGGCUCCCAUACCCAUCAAACCCUGGGAAGGAGUUCAAGAUGCCUUGGAACAUGGCCCUAUUUGUCCACAACUUGAUAUGCAAUCGAGAGAAAUAAAGACGGGAAGUGAAGAUUGCUUGUUCCUCAAUGUGUACACAAAAUCAUUAGAUAGUUCUAACAUUCCUGUUAUGGUUUAUAUUCAUGGAGGAGGCUUUUUAUCUGGUUCCGGAAAUAGUGAGUUAUAUGGACCUGAAUUUCUGAUACAGCAUGAUGUAAUACUCGUUACAAUAAAUUAUAGAUUGGAAAUGUUCGGCUUCCUCUGUUUGGACAUUCCCGAGGUGCCAGGAAAUGCUGGCAUGAGAGAUCAAGUAGCAGCUUUGGAAUGGGUGCAGAAUAAUAUAAGUGUCUUUGGAGGGGACUCAAAUAAUGUAACAAUAUUUGGUGAGAGUGCUGGAGCAGCAUCAGUGACUUAUCACUUGGUGUCUCCAAUGUCAAAGAGACUGUUUCAUAAAGCAAUUGCUCAAAGUGGGUCCUGUUUAGCUGAUUGGACAUAUACAAGCACAUCAGAAUCUGCUGCAAGAGCUUUUAAAGUUGGUAAAUUGUUGGGAAAGGAAACUGAUGACCCUAUAGAGCUUUUACAUUUCCUCCAAGAAGUACCAGCAAUUAAUUUAAUCGGGAAGACUCUCAAAACACUUAGCAAUGAUGAAAGACAUAGAGGAAUGCCAUUUUGUUUCGUUCCAGUAGUUGAAAAUAAAUUUAAAUCUGAAAGUUUCUUGAACAAUGAUCCAUUAACAAUUUUAACUAGAGGUGCAGUUAAUAAUGUUCCUCUUAUGACAGGCUAUAACUCCCAAGAAGGGAUUAUCAUGUUACCCACUGAAUUGAAAAGGUUGAAUGAACUCCGAAAGAAUCCAUGUUAUUUAGUGCCAAAAAGUUUGCACAAAGUUAUAGAUAAUGAAAAAUUAAUAGAGUUUGCUGACAGAAUUAUGAAAUUCUACUUUGACAAUAAAGAAAUAGAUGAAAAUCAUAUUGAAAAAAUAUCAAUUCUCCAAACGGACUUACACUUCUCAUUUUGGGCAUAUUGCUUUGUUAAUAAUUUUGCAAGAUAUUUUGGACCCACAUAUUUCUAUAAGUUUGACUAUGACACAGAACUAAAUCUAUUUAAGAAUAUUAUGGGCUACUCACAAAUUAAAGGUGCUUCACAUGUUGACGAAAUAUUCUAUCUUUUUAAAAAUGUGUUUAAUACUGAUAUUCAUAAUGACAAUGAGAGAGCCAGACAAGCUAUUUAUGAUGUCACAAAGUUAUGGACUGACUUUGCUAAGACCGGGAAUCCUUCAUCAGGCGGCGACAUUAAAUGGCCUCCUUACACAAUACAGAACAAGGAAUAUUUGAUAAUAAAUAAUAGUUACCAAGUGGGCAGGUAUCCUGAUCAACAAAACAUUGAGUUUUGGAAUCAACUCUAUAAUGAAGCCGGCUUACAUGUUAGUCAGAAGAUGAAAAGUAAUAUGUAGGAUAGGUUUUGGCUAGGAGAAUAAAUAAAAUUAACGAGGUGGAAUAGAUUAGUGGGAGAUAUUUUUAAAACCAAUUUUGAAUAUGUCAAUUACAUGGUGGACACACACCGGUGUGUCCAGGUGGAUGGUUUUUUAGUAUUAAUCAAAUCAAAAUCACUUUGUUGUUCAUGUACAUCACGGAAAUGACACUUAUGAAUGUCAUAAAAAAUAUUGUUUUUAUUGAAUCUACCGCUGCUUCGUAAAGGGUUCAGCUUAUGAGAAGUGCUAGCAAGAAACUUAUAAUAUUAGAAGACUGACCACCUAAGCUUAUAUUUUUACCCAGAGAUGCACCAACUUAUAAAAAUUGAUAAAAAAAAGUUCUCCUUUAUUAUUAGUUAAGAAGCUCCUUAGAUCUUGCAAGGUGUUGCCAAAUAAAUUGAAAAAAGGCCCGUCAUCAAAGAUAAAACAAACUCACAGUAGUGGGUAGUGACAGGGAUAUUGAAGUCUUUGCCCUAUUAAAAGUUUAACCGUUAUAUCAAUUGUUUGUUAAUUAUGUUAAGGAAGCCCAUGAUACAGGUUGACCUACUGUGGGUGUGUGUAUUAACCUUUUUGUGAAUAAAGAUAUUUGUGUUUAGUAGCAGUCAAACACUCCAAUAAAUAUGGACCUUGCACCUCGGUCAGAAACACUAUGCUCAAGUGUCACUGGGUCUGUUCUCCGUACAAUCAAAUCAGCGGUCUUUUAGGAAUUUUGGUCUAUUGUGUUAAAAAAAAACUGUCACAAAUGGGGAUCAAGGAUAUAUUUUAUUUUUAUAUCAUAUUUACAAUUGUUAUAUUUUUUAUUAAAUUUUAUUUAUUAAAUAUUAUGACUACUG